CUCCUCCAUCCCGACAUAUAACGGCAUAGCACGCGCGAAGUUCCAAAAGAGAAUUCGUGGUCGUGCCAGUGAUGAGCAUCGUCAUCAUGCUGUUGCGCAUCUCUUAACACCGACCUCCAUAUCGCGCCGACGCGAAGCGGCAGACUUCGCGUGAAGCGUCCUCGAGCCGCCUGCCGCAUGGGAGUUGAGCCGGCUCGAGCAUUCCCGCGCCGGGGCCAAGUCCAGCCAUGGUUCACGGCCACGCCGCCCCGGCACCGCGAGACGACGAGACCGCUCGGAGCCGCCAACACCGCCGCCUCCUCUCCGUCCCCACUCCUCCCGCGCAGACGUCCGCCGAUAACGACGAUGACGACGGCUACCCGGCGGCAGCGGCGGCGGCGUCGGCGGCGGCGGCGGCGUCGACUCCGACCACUUCCAUCGACGGUAGCAACGACGACGACGACUCGAGCCACCUCCUCAUCACGGUGAACGUCGGCGGCUUCCGCCAGAGGCUGUCCCAGGGCACGCUGCUGCGCUUCCCGGAGACGCGGCUCGGCCGCAUCCUCUCGUGCCGCUCCGAGUCGGCGAUCCUGCAGCUGUGCGACGACUACGUUCGCGACAGCCGCGAGUUCUACUUCGACCGCCACCCGGGACUCUUCCGCCACGUGCUCGACUUCUACCGCACGGGCCGCCUGCGGGCGCUGCAGCAGGAGUUGUGCGUCUUCAGCCUGAGCCAGGAGAUCGAGUACUGGGGGCUUCCCGACCUCCUGCAGGUGGCGAGCAGCUCGUACUGCUGCAGCCACCACUACCUGGAGCGGCUCGAGUGCCUCGCGGCGGGAGCGCAGGCCGGGCGGAGCGGCCGGCGCUGCCUGCGGAAGAAUAACGACGACGAUGAUGACGAUGAAGAGGAAGACGACGACGACGACGAUGAUGAGGACGAUGAGGACGAUGAUGGUAGCGACAACUCUGGGGAUGGCGGUGAGGAUGGUGACGCCCGCGAUGACGGCGGCGGCGGCGAGGAUGACGAAGCGACGGACGCGAACUACCGAUGCUGCGCUGGGAGACGCAGGAGGAUGUGGGCGAUGCUGGAAAACCCCGGCCACUCGCUCCUCGCCAAGGUCUACACGGGGGUGUCCAUCGCCGUGCUGCUCGUGUCCAUCAUCUCCAUGUGCGUUCACAGCAUGGGGGACGAGCGCGGCGGAGGGGGCGACGGGGCGGUGGACGACCCCGCGCUGGCCGUGGUGGAGGACCCCGUGCUGGCCGUGGUGGAGGACGUGUGUGUCGCCUGGUUCACCCUGGAGCUCGCGGCGCGGAUGAUCGCGGCGCCCGACCUCAAGAAGUUCUUCAGCCGCCCGCUCAACUCCAUCGACCUGGUGUCGGUGACUCCGUUCUACGCGACGCUGCUGCUGAGCGGCGUGGAGCUGGGCAACGUGGGGCGCGUGGUGCAGAUCCUGCGGCUCAUGCGCGUGCUGCGCAUCCUGAAGCUCGCGCGCCACUCCACGGGGCUCCGCUCGCUCGGCCAGACGCUCACGCACAGCUACCACGAGGUGGGCAUGCUGCUGCUCUUCCUGUCCGUGGGCAUCUCCAUCUUCUCGGUGCUCAUCUACUCGGCGGAGAGGGACGAGGAGGAGGGGGGACUCGCGAGCAUCCCGCUGUGCUGGUGGUGGGCCACCAUCAGCAUGACGACGGUGGGCUACGGGGACACCUACCCCGUGACCGCCGCCGGCAAGGCCAUCGCCACGGCGUGCAUCAUCUGCGGCAUCCUCGUCGUGUCGCUGCCCAUCACCAUCAUCUUCAACAAGUUCGCCAUGUACUACAGGCGGCAGAGCAAACAGCUGCGGCGGGCAGCUGCAAAGUACGCCGCCAUCGCCAAACGCGCUGAGAAGGAAGACUGCCCUUCGAUCCGCAGCCGAAGCCCCAGCAUCGACGCGACCCCCAGGAAGGCGGCGUCAGCCCAAGGCGAGUCGCUCCUCGCCAACGAGAAGAACUCCAUGUGAAGAGACCGGGGCUCGCCGCUCUGGCGCCUUCGCGACACAUUUGCCGAAGUCGAGGAACCUCCCGGUAAUCCUCGCCUCGAGCUGUCCGCUGGCGCGACUCUGCGCUGUUGCCGGGCCCGCGACCCGCUACGGGCUUCGUGACGCGCGGCACGCGCGCGUCAAGCUCGGGAGGUGGCCCGGCCGGGUGGCUCAGGGGGUGCCCAUAGUCUAUGGCCACGUGGCAGAGAGAGGGAGAGACUCUGAGGCAGUCACCGAUGAGUUUAUGGGCUCCAGGCGUGAAGGUUGACGUUAGGGCCACGUGAUGAGUGGUUUUGUAGCGGAGGAAGAGAUUACCGAGGCUCAAUCCAGCUGUGGAUAGAUGAUGACGAUGAUGAUGAUGAUGUUGUUGUAAGAAUGAGAUGCAGGGUGGUCUAGGGGUCACAGCACUGAGCCGUAACCUCUGAGAUGUUUGGUUGCACUUUGAGGUUCAGCCGCUGCCCGUGAUUAAACGGAGUUCUGCAAGUGCAGCGAGCUGAUGGUCUAAGUCCCGUCACUGAUGAUUACUACGACAACAGAAAGGUUGACUGUUGAUUUGCACUUCAUUUGGCUCAUUCCAGCCCUGGGAGUUCAAAAUAAAAGCGGUUUUAUUGAGGAACACCCUUAGCAGAGCAUGUGAAAGGUGUAAAAGAGAGGCCCGUUGGAGUGGCUUCAAAAGUAGUUCUGUGAUGUCAUCUUCAAGGCAACUUGCCGACACAAGGUGAUGCACUGGCAGCACAAUUAUAAUAUUAACCAAAAAAGUAAAAUAAACAAAAAGUAACUAAAUGAAGCUCCUGAGAGCACUGUCUGCGGUAGUCGCAUUAACAUAGAGGGAGACGAGGAGAGAGCCGCUCUUGUAACGACAGCAGCAGUAGCAGAGAGACAAGUUGGGGGGGGGGGGGGGGCGGACUGACGACUUUGAGAGUUGAGAGAGGUAGCCAAGAAACAAGAAGGCACAAAUCGCUUCCCACCUCCACCCCGAUUCCCGCUUCCCCCCCUUCCCCCCCCCCCCCCCCAGGCUUCGGACACUCUCCAAUUACCGACAUUUGGUAACCCUGACCGAUCGCAACAUUUUCUCUGGUACUUUAAUUAUCUCCACGCACCGCGUAUCGCCUCGGGAGAUAUUGGCCCGCGGUGAUCCCGUCGAGCGCCCGAGCGAUUGUACAUUUGAAGGGGACACCUCGCACCGAAUACGAUUCGAUCAUUUUGCAGGCUGGAUAUUUACAACAACAAAAAAUUGUUGUUGCUCCCGGUACUCCGGCACGCAAUGGCCUCGUGCUCGCGACACCACGCGAAGUUUCGUCAUGCAACGCACGGACAUCCACUGCUCGUAAAAGCGUUCGAGGAAGCCGCCACGGCGGAGGGACGGUUCAGCGGCGCUACCGGACUCGCGAAUCCAGAGAUCGACGGUUCGAUUCCAUCUCCCGGAGUGGCGGUUGAGACCCUGAGACCCUGAUCCGUGUUUCUUAAGCCGCCCUACCGCCCGCACCGCCUCCGUCCACCCGGCGGCGUGAAUGGGUUGCACCGCAGUUAGUCGAUCGGAUAGGUCACGUGUGGCGGGGUAAAGUGUGGAAGAGUAGACCAAAAUAGCUUCUAGACGGAUCCUCGAGGGCUGCCUCUAAGUGGAGGCCCUUCUGCCGGCAGUGGCAUGAGCAGGGAAUAGCAGGGCUGCACUCUUACCUUUUAUUUAUUUUAGCCGAGUAAAGCAUAUAUGUACAUAUGAAAAAUAUAUCAGCCUAACAGAUCAUGCACUUUACCGUCGUGUAAAUAAGAACAUUAUACAGCCUCUUGCCAUUUACAGUCACGAGUGGUGAAAAACGAAGAGAGUAUCGGGUUGACUGCCAUGCGAAGAACGUUACUCCCAUGUGGCAAAGCGGGUGGGGAAUGUGCUGCCCUCUUCUGUGCGUGAACCAGAGUGUCACUUGAAGAAGAAGAAGAAGGGAUCUCAGAUGUAGUUCUGUGGUAUCCGCUUUGGUGGACCACUCCGUCACACGAAGGUGUCACGCUGGCUCUGCGAUAUUUCCGAAUGGAAUCCUCGUGCCAUGACCAUAUGACGUGUCAUGAACACGUGACGUGUCAUGACCUUGUGACGUGUCAUGACCACGUGGCGUGUCAUGACCUUGUGACUUGUCAUGAACACGUGACGUGUUAUGACCUUGUGACGUGUCAUGACCACGUGGUGUGUCAUGACCUUGUGACGUGUCAUGACCACGUGGCGUGUCAUGACCUUGUGACGUGUCAUGACCACGUGACGUGUCAUGACCUUGUGACGUGUCAUGACCACGUGACGUGUCAUGACCUUGUGACGUGUCAUGACCAAGUGACGUGUAAUGACCAUGUGACGUGACAUGGCCAUGUGACGCUGAUGGCAUCCGGUGGGUAAAUGACAACAAAAUAAAGAUACAUAAAAAAAACACAUUAGGGACUGUUAAGACAUUUAAGAAAAUGCCGGGGGCUUCCUAUUUGUGCAAAUACCAUAUCCGCAGUCCUUCUCAGAGGCAAUCGGCCACCACUUUCCCACGAGCGGUGAGCAUUGACCUAAGAAUAAGUGUUUCUGAUGUAAAAUAAGAAAAAUAACUUCAACUGGAACCAUUGAAAUUGCAUGCGGUCUGCUUAUUCACAGUGACACCCGAGAUGCAUGACAUUGAAAACAAUAUAUAUUUGACACCCGAAGAGAGCAGGCGCAUUCUACAUUAAUUUGUUGUAUCCUGGGCCUCGAGAAAAGACCAGGGACUUCAGUAGUUGUCUGUGUCGGGUGGAGGAGGGUGUACGGCACACAAUCUGACCCCAAACAAAAUAAUUACGAAACAGGAAUGGGCAGGUGUUGCAGAGGUCCUCUUUUAAAUUCGAUCUCCCGGCGAGUACAGUUUUGCAAACAACGCGUGCCCGUUUAUUAAAUCCUCGACACCACGUCGCCUCUCUUAAGGGGUUCAUCGCUGUUCGCCCAUCAGCAGCAGGUCACGCGUGUGGUGGGGUAGAGUGUGGGUACGUCCGCCCCCACCUCGUCCAAGACGUACUGGCCAGUGUGGAGGAGUAGGCCAAACUACCUUAUUCUUUUCGACAGCCGGGCCUCUCUCGCGUCAGAGCUCCACUCGAGCAGAGGGCCUUCGGCUAGCGGUGGUGCGAGCUGGCAAUUGCAGGGCUGCGCCUUUCCCUCCGCUCAGAUUAGGGCCGCGCGUGAUGAAGCGAUACCCAGUGAAGAUGUCUAAAGGGCUUGCGGGCGGCACUCACGUCACAGAUAAAGACACACACAACACAAAUAGAACUAAACUAUUAUUUGGGAUGAUGGGUGGGGGGCAACAGUCGAGUGAGCAACCUUAAUGAAAGCACGCGAGUUAUGUUGAAUUACCACGUCGGAUAACAAACAAAAAAUACUUUGUCUUCCUUCAUUUAAAUGAAUGAAUGAAUUGUGGUGUUGCUGCUGCUGCAAUUAAAUUGGGCAAAGGGCCCACGCUGA